CAGAACCAGAGACAACCUCCAGCACAGGAUUGAGACCAGGACAGGCAAGUGCCUCAAGGCCCUGUCUGAUGGCUACAUUGGUCUAGUGCAUUAUCACCGCUGGAAGAGUUCCUUGCCGAAUACCAUGUCAGCCACUGGACGAUGAUUCCUGCUCUUUGAGCAUCUGUGAAAAUCAAGGAACAGGAAACACUGACAAGAAGAUAGCCAGAAUGGCUCACUGGUUCCUGAAGAAAGCUUUCAGUGGCCUUAUUGAACCUUGUGACUGGUUCAUGCUGCAAUUCCUGGAGCUGGAGAAGAAGCUGUAUGGACAGGAGUCAGCUAUCAGUGUGUUGGAGUGGUACAAGAGUGACCCUUGCCGUGCUCCAGCACAUCACCUCGCCUUCCACUUCUACAAGAACCUAGUGCCAGUCACGGAGCAACUAAUGGAGCUGGAGUGCAUCAGCAGAGCGUGUCCUGACGAUCCCCUGGUGCUGGAGCAAGUGAACAUCUACCUUCACAGUUUGGAGCAUGGAGGGCCGGCACUAGAGAGGGCUGUGAUGUGGAUGAGGAGUGCUGAGAGUGACAGUGGCCAAGAAAGCAGUGAUGAGUGUCCAGGUCCCACAAAUGCCUCCUGCACAUUGAGGACAACAGGGAAGAUGGAGGUGCUGAUGAGAUGCCUGUCGCUGCUUGUGGCAAUGCUGGACUACCCUGCUCACACCUGGGAUCUGCAGCGAUGGCAGAAGCUGACGCAGGUGUUGACCAAGUUUUACCAGGCCUGGGUCCAUGUGGAAGUCAUCAGCAACCCUGACUUCACCAUUUCAAGAGGCCAGGUUAUGUGUACAAGUCACCUUCAGUUGUGUCACAAGAGUAGUGAAGUGCUUCUCAGUUUUUGCUGUUACCAGGUCUCUGAAUCUGAAUGGGUUCUUUCUUUGGAAUUCUUUCCUCUUCUCUUUGGGAGAGAACUAAUGGGCUUUAUCUCUCUUCUGAAUUUGUUCUUGGCAUUGGUGUGUCUUCUUUGUGAUUAAAAAAAUGUUAUAGAAAUAGUGUGUUGUUGGUGCCAUCCCUUAAUGUGGGAAGGCAUUAACCAGGUAACCUCAGUACCACAAUACUUACCCCCUCAUCCCUAUACUGUCUGAACACUAUACUGCCAUUCCCACAAAGCAGGCACUAUUAUUCCUAUUGUUAUUGUCUAUGACUUUAUCCUUUACUUACAACAUUUUCUGUUUUACUAACUAUUUAAUUGGUGGUAUUAUUAUUAUUGUUUUUUUUAAUUUAUCCAUUUACCUAUUUAUUUAUUUAUUUACUUCUUUAUUUCUUUCUUUCUUUCUUUCUUUCUUUCUUUAUUUAUUAGUUUAUUUUUUCUGGUGUGUGUGUCAGUGAGAGGAGGGGUUACCUAGUUAUAUUGUACAGGGUCCAAGCUAAAGCUCAUUUGACGUCUCCAUACGUGCAUUAUCCAAUUUCUUUUUAAAUUUGGUGACAACAAUUGUAACCACCUCCUCAGUAAAGCUAUUCCAGUGCUUCAAUAUGGGAAACUAUAUUUCUUAGUGUCAUUGAGACAUUUACUCUUCUUAAUCUUUUUUAUUUUUUAUUUUAUGUCUUCUUGUACAUCUUGUCUCCUCAUCCAUAUGCAUCACCAAAACUUGUCUGUCUACCUUUUCCAUACAGUUUAUUUAAUUUGUACAUUGUUAUCAAGCCUCUCAUUUCUUCCAGUUGCUCUUCCUAAGUCUUUUCCUUCAAUUCUGGCACCAUCUCGUUGCUGUUGUUUGUAUUCUUUCCAAUUUCUUUGUAUUCUUUCUAUGUGGAGACCAUGAAGCAUACUCCAACUUGAGUGUAUCAGACGUAUCAUGGUUAUAAUUAUUGUUUAUUUAUUUAUUAUUAUUAUUUUUUUUUUCAUCAUAUCCAUGUCCAUGUAGGUGAAAGCCACUCAUAAUGUUACUUAACAUCCUAUAUGUGGAACCAAAUAUCCAACUUAUAUGUUCUUAUGGUGACUGUGUCCUAAAUAAUCAUCCCCAAAUCCUUUUCUUUAUUACUUUUCAUCAUCAUAUUUUCACCCAUUUUAUAGUACCAUAUAGGUCUCCUUGUACUUUUCCUGUUUCCUACACAUGUCAUUUCUUAGGAUUAAAUUCAGGUUUCCACUUUAGGUUUCAAGCAUGAAUUUUAUCCAAAUCUCUCUGUAAUUCCUUACAAUCCUCCUGGCCCUUUAUAGCUCAUAACAACUUUGCAUACAGCAGACAUAUUAAUGUCUGCAUACAGCAGACAUAUAGCUAUUUAAUUCUUUCGGUAUAUCAUUCAUGUAAAUGUGAAACAUAAUUGGUGCUAAUACAGAUCCUUAUGGUAAUUCACUUGUUAUCUCACCCCAGCUUGAAAUUACAUUGAUUAUUGUCCUCAUUUGUCUAUCCUUCAAAUAAUCUUGCAUCCAACUUAAUAUGUUGCUUUUUAAUCC